CCGUGGUGACAACACGGUUGUUGCCACUUGCCAAAUUUUCCAAUUUGAACAUGUAAAACUUCAACUACCCUUUCACAUGAUUGAGACUUUAAUACUAGUAGUAUUAUUUUAAACUGUAACAUGUCAGUAUGUCACACACAAAGUUCCACUAAAAUUCAGUAAAAUAAAUAAAUGAAUGAUUGAGAUCUCACUGUUAUAAAUUACUAGUCCAUCUAUUUAUGAAGUGCCCCUCAAACUCAUCUUCACUCAACAAAUUAAUUUAAUCUCUGCUGAAUUAAUGGCGAUCAAGGUCCACGGCUCCCCCGUUUCUCCGGCAGCAAAAAGAGUUCUUCUCUGCUUAGAGGAGAAACAGCUCGAUUACGAAUUCGUGCUCGUCGAUUUAUCAACCGGCCAGCACAAGAAGGACUCCUUCCUCUCACUCAACCCAUUCGGGCAGGUACCGGGUUUUGAAGACGGCGAUCUCAAGCUCUUCGAAUCGAGGGCCAUAACCAGAUACAUCGCGCACGCGUACGCCGACAAGGGUACCCCGCUGAUCUCGGAGGAUCCGAAGAAGAUGGGAGUCAUCGGAGUUUGGUUGGAAGUGGAAUCUCUGAGAUUCGACGCGGCGGGGCAGAAGCUGAGCUUCGAGAUUCUGGUGAAGCCGAUGAAGGGGAUGGCGACGGACGAGGGCGCCGUGGAACAGCUGCAGGCGCAGUUAGCUGCAGUUCUCGACGUGUACGAGGCUCGCUUGGCCAAGUCCAAGUAUUUGGGCGGCGACGACUUCUCCUUGGCCGAUCUGCACCAUAUUCCGAUCGUCGCCAACUUGAUGAACACCAAGGUCAAGGCGCUGUUCGACGCGCGGCCCUGCGUCGCCGCCUGGGCCGCCGCGCUCGUGGCCCGCCCCGCUUGGCUCAAGGUUAUUGGAGCUUAAUUUCUGCUCUGCCAUCUUAUCUUUUUUUUUUUCUUUUUUUUUUUCUUUUCUGCCUUUGUUGAGCUGGUUUUUGUUUUGUGUGCGUUUGGGUGAAGUCGUGGAGAUCAUAACCACACUUCAUUUCUUAUUUUCCUGUUAUCAAAUUUAAAUGUGGAAUAAUGAGUGGAAAUUUGGAAUAUUGAAAUUUAGUAUUUUAGAAUAA